GUUUAAUUAAGGGUUUCAUGUUUUAUAGCGAUGUUUCAGUGGAAUGUGAUAAUGGGAAUUAGUUUCUAACUUUAAGCAAUCGUUUCAUUUAAAUCAAUGACAACUGCCUAUUUAUUUAUGAAAAUAGUAUAACAAUGAAAGAAAAAUGGAAUUUUAUUUUAUACCUGGUCUGGUUUUCAUAUCUUCUUCUGUCGGCGGUUCUUAUGUUCGGUCAAGGGUUCCUAUUAUCUCGUAAAACUUUAAACGACGUAUCUCAGUGCGUGCAUUUAAAUAACUUUGGAUGUGAUGGCCUCGAGAAUAGCACUUUGAGUUCUAAGUGUAGUGAAGAUGAAAAAAUACAAAAAAUAUUGUCUUUAACCAGUUCACCACUUAUAUGCUCUCCGAAACGUAAUAGAGUGGCUUUUAUAUUGGUGGAUGCUCUCCGUUACGAUUUUACAGAAUAUGAUGAGAAUAAAGAAAAACCUUUGUUUUAUCACAAUCAACUGCCUAUUAUUCAGAAAAUAGUGAAAAAAUGGCCAAAACGCUCACGAAUAUUUCGUUUUAUGGCAGAUCCACCAACUACUACACUUCAGAGAUUAAAAGCCCUUAUAACUGGAUCCUUGCCUACUUUUAUUGAUAUGAGCUCUAACUUUGGAGCUAUUGAAAUACAAGAAGAUAAUAUUAUUGAUCAGGUUGUUUCAUCUAGUAGUAAAGCGAUUCUCCUCGGAGAUGACACUUGGGAGCGACUCUUACCGGGAAGAUGGACUCGUUCACAUUCUAUGUACUCCUUCCAUACUUGGGAUUUAGAUACGGUUGAUAACGAAGUUGAUUCAAAAAUAUAUGAUGAAAUCAAAAAGAGUGACUGGGAUUUGCUUAUUGCUCAUUACCUUGGCGUUGACCACGCCGGGCACAGAUAUGGACCAAAUCAUCCAGAAAUGGCUAGAAAAUUAAUGGAGACCAAUACAAGACUAGAAAAGUUGAUAGAAAUAUUGCCAUCUGAUGUUAUACUGUAUGUGGCUGGUGACCAUGGAAUGACAGAAACAGGAGACCAUGGUGGUGAGAGUAAAGCUGAACGAACUGCAGCUUUAUUUGCAUAUUAUGGAUCAGGUUUUUCUGGUGAAGAGUCCGAUCGGAUGUCAGGUAGAGAAAUACAACAGACAGAUUUAGCUCCAACUAUCAGCGCCGCUUUAGGUAGACCCCCACCGGCUCCGUCGCUAGGAAAUUUGUUGUUGCCCUUACUGCCAAAUACACCAGUAACUCAUGCUUUGUUACAUUUAACCAAUAAUCUAAAACAGGUUACCCAAUAUUUAUUAAGAUACGGCGAAGAAUCGCAGCAAGUACCAUUGGAAAGAUUGGCCCAUCUCAUUAAUGCUACACGAAAUCAGAUAGAAAAGGCAGCUGAUGUGAAAAAUGAUAUGGAAUUGAGGGCAUAUGUUGAUGACGUCAGACAACUGAUGGAUAAUCUUAGAGGGGUUUUUCGUGAGGUGUGGGUGGAAUUCGAUUCUCUCUCAAUGCUGAGAGCACUUCUUCUGCUACUUCUGGCUAUAUUCUUCAAUUGGUUGAUCAUUGAGGGCAUUCCUUUCGAACGAAUUUCUAACGUUUUUUCUAGUUCCUUUGUCCCAAGUGUAUUGGUAGCUUUUGGUGUUUGCGUUGGGAUAUGUUAUACCACUUACUAUUAUCAAAUCAUUGAUGACUUGGGGCAUGCGAUCGUGCUGACCACUGGUUUGGUGUCUGGGGCUCUGACGUGUAUGCUCGUGAUAAUGCAUUGGGAUGGUAUCACCCAGCGAUGGUAUGAAGGCAGGUCCCUGUUUUACGAGAGAUUCGGACGGGCGGCUCUAUUCGCGUCCGCCAUUAUUUUGGUAUCGAACAGUUACAUUAUAGAGGAAGGCGCUACUUUAUCAUUCCUGACGCUGACGAUAUUAGGCUUGAUGGCUUGGAAUGUUGGAACAGUGAAGGCUAUGUUGCUGUGGGCUGGUUUUGGCGCUGUGAUGGCAUUGACUCGGACUUAUAGAGGGUGUAGGGAGGAACAGGGCGAAUGCUGGACUUCCGGGGAGGGUAUGUAUACGGGAAGUGCUACAAGAGCUGCCUUAGUCCUAGCUCUAGGUUCCGUAUCUGGUGUGGUAGCAACAGCUAGACGUCAUUUAGGGUGGAGAGGUUAUGGAAUUGUUAUAGCUGGUAUUUUCACGUGCGCUCAUUGGGCGGUGGGUUGGGGUUCUUUGGGUUCCCCUAGUAGGUCCAAAAUGUUAGCGAGGGGUGCCUGGCUGGUUAUAGUGACGAUGUUUGUAAUAUUGUGGAAAAGGGAUGGUAGGGGUACUUUAUUGCCUUUAGUCGUGUCCGGUCUGUUGUUUUACUUAGCGAAUGCCUUAGUAUUGGGGGCUGCGUAUGCGCCGACAGCCGGCUUGGCGCUUCUGUCUGGAUUUUUAGCACUAAACGUCGUCUCCAUGUUGAAAAGUGAAGGAGCAGCAAAGUUUUCUUUAGCGACGCGGUGUAGUUCGAGUAUGGUUUGUCUGUGGGCGUUGCUCGCCUCAUAUCACUUCUACGGUACGGGACAUCAUGCGACUCUCGGUCAUGUAAGAUGGACGGCUGUGUUCCAUGCUGGGGACCCCAACUAUUUGUCCAUCGGUCAUGUCGUUUCCGUCGUACUAAUGUUCAUAUAUCUAUUCGGUAUGCCUUUGAUGUUUGGUGCGACUGUACCGUUGCUGGGUCUGUGGGGCCGCGCGGGGUCUGUGGGGCCGCGAACACAGCUGGCCGCCGUGUUUACGCUGUGUCUGAAGUUUCAGCUAUGUUUCGCUAUUAGAAUAUUCGCCUGCGCGUUGUCAGCUACGAUUCACUGCCGCCAUCUCAUGGUUUGGGGUGUUUUCACACCUAAACUGCUUUUCGAAUUCGGUUCGUGUGUAGCCGCCUUAAUCGGCUCCCUUAUAGGGGCGACAUUGACAGCCUGGCAUAUACCAUGUCAGACAAGAACCAGUUGACACAAGUGAUGGACACAGAUUAUAAAAAUAUGACUGCCAUAUUGUUUUAAAAAUUAUCUAUUGUUGUUUGUUUGGUACGUUUUUUAUGUGUGGUGCAAUAAUACAUAAAAAUAGGUUACUUAAUCGAGAUUAUUCUAUGCGAAUUGAAGUGCUUUUGCCUUACACAGAUUGUUAUCUAUAUUUAUUUAAAUAUUUCUUUUUUAUUUAUUUUAAAAAAUUAUUUCCGUUUAAAACGUAAAUAUCAUUGUAAUGUUUUUGAACGACUUGCAAAUAGUAAGGAUUUGAAUUCGGUAACAUUGUAUUAAUUAUGUGAAAUCCGCGGAUUUCACAUAAAUUCAUUUUAUUGUUGUUUUUUUUUUAUUAUGCUCGUGAUUUUCAAGUCGGUUUUUUAAUCUGUUGAGUUAAGUGAACUUUUUGUUUAUAGCAAUAUUUUUCAUUAUUAUUACUGAUGACGUCACGUCACACAUUUAAUAUUGUGAGUGGGAUUUAAAGAUAUAACUUUAGUUUUCUAUUUUAGAUUAUGUUUUAGGUUUUUCGUGAUUUGCUUUGUAAACCAAAGUUGAACAAACAAAGAUGGCAUUUAACGAAGGGGUUCAUUAUCCUGAGAUUAAACGUUAGGUUCGAAUUAUGAGGCACUCAAAAUACUAAGUACAGUAGGGUUAUAUGUGGAUAUUAUUAAUUUUAUAAAUCAGAUUUAAUUAAAUACCAACAAAUGAGUGGACGUGGAUUAAAACAUUAUUAAUUUUGUAUAGUUAGCAGCGAAAUAUACAAAAAUGAAAUAUCACUGCCAUUAUUCAGGCUUUUUGACAGUAUUAAUUAUAUAGAGCGAGACCCCAGGGUUGCCAGACGUCACAUAUUUUCUGACGGAUGAAAAACAACCAUGAGAAUUUUUGUGAAGUUAGUAAUGUUUUUAUUUGCCUUGAUCACCUAAUACCUGAAAAUUGGCCGUUUGACCGAGCUGGUGGACCAAGGUGGGCAUACGAUCAUAGUACAUACUAACGCUACUCAAUCGUCCGCAUUUAAAAGAAAAUAAGGUGACGUCUGGCAGCCCUGGGAUCUUGGACUAAUAUGGUUGUUAUAAUUUUACCAUAUUAUAUAUAGUUGUUGAAGUAACUUAUUAUUGCAAAUAAAAUAGUAUUAUGUUGUACUGUAAAAGGGAGGAAUUUAAUAAAAAUGUGGUCCAUGAAAA